UGUAUGGACACUGCACCAGAAUGUUUCCUGAAGACAAGCGUAGCGACUUUGGGAAGAGGGGAAGGAUUGAGAAUGUGUUUCGGUGUGUACUCGGUGUUUCGAUGAUUUGCUUAUUAUUCUGUAUGGUAUUCAUCCCAUAUUUGGUUUUCAAGAAUGGACAACUGGAAGACAGGCUAGAGGAAAUGCAGAAGACACUGGACGGUUUGAAACUAGACAUGUCAACUUUGCAGACAGACGUGAAUGAACGCAGUAGAAAAGAUGACACCAGAGAGCACCAUCUGAGCAAACGUGACGUCACAUGUGAUCUCAGCUGGUUGGCUGAGCACUCUUCAAUUUUGCGAGGACCCCCUGGACCACAAGGUCCCCCUGGAAACAAUGGAAUUCCUGGAAUUCCUGGAACACCAGGUAUUGGGUGUCCCAAUUCAAGCAAUGACAACGAUAUCGAUGAUAGGCCAGCAAGUGAUGAUGGUACAUCAACCAACGUAAAUGGAACAGCUGGAUCUGUGUAUGUGAGAUGGGGAAGAUCCACGUGUGAAGAUACUGCUGAAUUAGUUUAUGAAGGUGUGAUAGGAGGAGCAUAUUUCUCUCAUAUAGGUAGUGGUUCUAACUACCAAUGUCUGCCAUUGAAUCCUAUAUAUGACGACGUAGUAAGUGGUACAGACAAGUGGAGAGCUUUGAUGUAUGGUACAGAGUAUCAGGUGAACUCGUUCAGCCCUUUGUCAGCUGUGUUCAAUCAUGAUGCAGUGUGUGCAGUGUGCAGAGUCCGUUCUCGUGGUACCGUCUUAAUGGUUCCUGCUCGUAAUGAAUGCCCCUCAACUGAGUGGACCAGAGAGUAUUAUGGCUAUUUGAUGUCCUCAUACUAUGACCAUGCUUCAAACAAGGAUUUUAUCUGUGUAGACCGUAAUCCUGAAGGAAGAGAUGGUAGUAGUGCAAACGCAGAUGGAGCGUCGUUGUAUCCUGUAGAGGGUCGAUGUGGAUCACUUCCAUGUGGUCCAUAUGUCAAUGGCAAUGAAUUGACAUGUGCCGUGUGUACCAUAUGA